AGCUCAUAUAACAACAUCCGUCGCCGCCGUUUCCAUCCCAUUUUCUCUCCUCUCUCCGUCGCCGCCUCGGGCCAAACCCUACGCAGGGAGUUGAUUGAUCGAUUGCAGCCAUGAGUAAGUUGCAUUCCGAGCUUCUCAAGGAUUGCAUCUCCCAGAUAGUUCAGGAUGCCAAGAAGAAUAGGAAGUUCACUGAGACUGUUGAGCUUCAGAUUAGUCUGAAGAAUUAUGAUCCACAAAAGGACAAGCGUUUCAGUGGCUCUGUUAAGUUGCCUCACAUCCCUCGUCCAAAGAUGAAGGUGUGCAUGCUUGGUGAUGCCCAGCACGUUGAGGAGGCUGAGAAGAUGGGACUUGACUACAUGGAUGUUGAGGCCCUCAAGAAAAUGAACAAGAACAAGAAGCUUGUUAAGAAGCUUGCCAAGAAGUACCAUGCUUUUUUGGCAUCAGAGACCAUCAUCAAGCAAAUUCCCCGUCUCCUUGGUCCUGGUCUCAACAAGGCAGGCAAGUUCCCCACUCUGGUCACUCACCAGGAAUCCCUGGAAUCCAAGGUGAAUGAGACGAAGGCUACAGUCAAGUUUCAACUGAAGAAAGUCCUUUGCAUGGGUGUCGCGGUCGGUAACCUGUCUAUGGAGGAGAAGCAGAUCCAACAGAACAUCCAGAUGAGCAUCAACUUCCUCGUGUCUCUUCUGAAGAAGAACUGGCAGAAUGUAAGAUGUCUCUACAUCAAGAGCACCAUGGGGAAACCAUUCAGGAUUUUCUAAGUCUGUUUUUUUGUGAAGUCUGCUCUUUAUGAUAUUUGGUUUUUGAACCGAGGUUGUCUUGAACUAAAACUCUUGUUAGAUCAUGUUUGGUUGGUAGGAUAUUUGAGUCUGGGCAGGUGUCUUACUCUUGCGCCAUGUCUUUGUAAUCUCUCUAUAUAAGUUUUUUGAGAGGCUCAGUAUAAUAUGCGUAUUAUACGUUAUACCCAAUCGUUUCUGUUACUGUGGAAAAUGAGUUUCCGCCAUUGCUGCUGCGCCCUUGGGUAGCGCCCCUCUACUUACGGGAUAGAGCCUUGUAGGAAGUUUUUGGUCACUAAUCUGGCUGCUAUUACUAGACAUUUUGUGUAAAGCGCAGGCCUAGUGUCUUAGGUUCUUACGUGAGUUGGGUUAGGAGAAGGGAUUAACCUGGUGCUUUUGAGUCCAGGUGCUAGGAUUUGAAGGGUCAGUGAGGUUUGGAUAGCCUAGUGUCUGAUGGCUAUACAUACUAUAUUUAUAAAAAUAUUGUGUGAUGA